AUGUCUUGCAAAGCGAGUUUUGUAUUAUUCUCCGCAGGAGAAGUCUUAGUGAUGUCUUGGGAUGCAUUGCCGCCUGUGCCGGUGCGGCCUCUGGCUCUUCACCACGCGCUUACACACGGCGGCUAUUUUUAUGUUGAUCAGCGCAUUUUGCAGGAAGAUGGUGACGCGCUGACAGACUGCAGCUCAAAUGUGCCUGUUCCCGCAGGCCUGCGUGCAAUACGAGAUAUGUUGCCACCCGUCACGCUGGAGGAGUUGGAUUUGGCUGCAGCGGUGCUGACUGCAUGCGAGUCUGGACAGGCACCGUAUGUUUAA